AUGGCCUCUUUAAUCAACAAGGGCCGCAAGCCGAAAUUCGAGCUCCAUCUCACCAUCUACGACCUCAGCAACGUGCCGUUCAAGCAAGGCUCGUCCACAGUGAAAUGGCAUCUCCCCCAUUCGAUGCAUGCGGAGCACCGCGGCCGCACCGACAAGGCAACGACCGACUGGCUCACCCACCGCGCCACUUACAACUACACAAAGGUCGUGCCCGUCCGCAUCGCCAUCGACCGCGCCAAUAACCUCGCCGAGUGCGCCAUCGAGUUCGAGGUCCUCCACGACUUCCCCUCGCCCCCGGGGGUGAAGCCCGACAAGGGCACCAUCGGCACCGUCCGGCUAAACCUCAGCGAGUACGUCGAGGAGAGCGAGGUGUACAGCCGCAGAAGGAGCGUCGGCGCGGUGGGCGCCUCGAGGGUGGUGGGUGGCAUGGAGAAUGCCAAGGAGAAGAUAGCCCACGGCCUCCACAGCAGCCACGGGGUCUCGCGGCAUAGAAGGAGCGGCAGCGCCAAGUCGUAUUCGAGCUCGGGCGAUCUUGGUCCCGGAGACGUCUCGCGCGCCAUAGACGAGCGCAACGAGCUACCGGACGACCCCAUUGUGGAGGAGGGCAUCAUCAGGCGGUACCUCAUGCACGACUGCAAGAUCAACAGCACGCUAAAGAUUGGCAUUCUAAUGGUCCAGGUUGACGGCGAUCGCAACUACGCCGCGCCACCACUCAGGUCCGCGCCCAUGUUUGGCGGGAUCGCUGGUAUUGUGGGCGACCAGGAGUCGUACAGCCUGCCGGUUGCCGAGCCAUCUUCGACAGAGUCCGCGCUGGCCGCCAGCCUGGGGGAGACCAGCAACUUCAGCAUCAUCGGCUCGCACGAUGCGACCGAGCUGGUCGACAUGUACCGACGAGCGCUGGCGGCCAGCUACUCGUGUAUGCCAGGCGAGCUGCCCGCGGAUGAGUGCAUCGAGGAUAUAUUCAUGGGCGGAGACGGCAGCGGCAGCGCCCUGUACCCAGCCACGUACACCACGGGUGUGCCGAGAGAGGAUCAGAGGUUCGACAAGUCGCCGCCGCGGCACGACCACAGGCGCGCGCUCCGCGACGACGAGAGCAACACGAGCGCGAGGACAAGCGGCAGCGGCUCGCCGAGCGACGACUUCAACUCUGCCACGCUGCGUCCUAGCGAGGCUCAGAGAGCACGCUCGCACAUGCGCCAGCACAGCGGCGGCAGCGACAAGAGCGCACUGACCGUCACCAACAUAUGGGGCCGCAACAACGGCGGCGGCGACAACGGCCCAGGUCUCAGCAUACCCAGCGGCAGUUACGGGCACAGCAGCAGGCACCGCGGAGGCGGCGCGAACCGCUAUCCGACCUCGAUCCCAUCUGCGCCGACGCGUGGGUCAGGGCUGGCCGACCACGAGGUCACCGUUGAGGGCCAGAACGAGAGUAUACUGCGCAGCGUCGGCCUGCGUGGCCAGCGGGGGCAACAAGACGACAGCGCGGGUGGUGGUGUCAAUGGCAAUGGUGGCAGCGGCAAUGACGCUGGGGGGACUCGGAGCGGGAGCAUGGGCAGCAUGUUGAGCCACAACGGCCGCAACCAUAACCAUAAUGGCCGUCAUCAUUCUAGGCAUCGAAGCCGUGAGUGCAGCGAGGAGGAUAUGAGAGAGGACUUGAUCGCGUGGAAGCUUCCGGGGGCGGUAAAGUGA